AUGUCUCAGCAUCGUCGUUCGUCUGAUUUCACAAAGUUCCGUGAAUUGUUUGAAAACAGCAAACGCAUCGUAGCUUUAACGGGAGCAGGAGUCAGCGCUGAAUGUGGGGUGCCAACCUUCCGCGGACCGGGAGGCUUCUGGAGAGCCUAUCAGGCGACAUCUUUGGCAACACCGCAAGCCUUUGCCGCUGAUCCCUCACUGGUUUGGCAGUUUUAUGAGUACCGAAGACAACUGGUCGCAACAAAACUUCCGAAUAACGCACAUAAAACAUUAGCAUACAUUGAAAGACAAUUUGAAGGCAGUGAUCGUAAGCUCUCAAUUGUAACUCAAAAUGUUGAUGAACUUCAUCGACGAGCUGGCUCAAAAAACGUUCUUGAAAUUCAUGGAAGGUUAUUCCAAAUUCGCUGCACAAAAUGUCAUACUGUAGAAGACAAUACUGAUAAUCCAAUUGUACCGGCACUGGCAAAUGUUUCUCCAAUCGACAAUGACGAGACAAAAAACAAGAAAAUAAAAAUUGAAGAUUUACCUCAUUGCAAAGUUCCCAGUUGUAAAGCUCUGCAACGACCUCACAUAGUCUGGUUUAACGAGUCGUUAGAUCCUCAAGUUUUAGAAGAAGCCGAUCGAUUGCUCAGCGAGUGCGAUAUGCUACUCGUGAUUGGAACUUCCUCGAUCGUUUAUCCUGCAGCCAUGUUUGCACCUCAAGUUGCUGCUCGUGGCGUCACUGUUGCUGAAUUUAACCUUGAACCAACAUCAGCUAGUAGAACAAACGGGUACUUUUUUGAAGGUCCAUGCGGACAAACCUUGCCGCGAGCACUAGGCGUCGAUGAAAACAAAUUAUAA